GCAACCCCGCUCGGCACGUGCGCGCUUCGAGAGCCUUACCCGCGAGCAUGCUGUGCCGAACGGAUGCCUUGGGCUGGCCGCCCAUUUGCUUGAUCAUCGUAAAAUUCUAGCUACCCCUUGCGAGAGAAACUCGUUAGUCAUGUUCUAGAAACCGGAGAUUCUACGAACUUUUUAGGUAGUGACUCCAAUAUUCCACUCACAACGAUGGCCACCCGGCCGGCAAGCCGCGCUGGCUUCCGUUUCGCCAUAGUCUGCGCAUUGCCCCUCGAAUAUAAUGCGGUCAGCCUCCUCGUCGACGAGUUCUGGGAUAAAAAUGGCGAUCCGUACGGGCGGGCUUCGGGGGACCCUUAUACUUACAGAACCGGACGUAUUGAUGAUAUCAGCAUUGUCCUCGUCCUCCUUCCGAAUAUGGGGAAAGCCAGUGCGGCUAGUGCUGCGGCCAGCGUCCGGUCAAGCUAUCCGAACCUGGAGCUCGCCCUCCUAAUAGGCAUCUGUGGCGGCAUACCCCGUCCUAACGCCAACGAGGAGAUUUUGCUGGGAGAUGUGGUUCUUGCCGGAUCGGUUGUCCAGUACGAUUUGGGCAAACUGUAUCCUGACGGGUUCCAAACAAACAACACCGUGAAAGACAUCAUCAACCCCCCUAAGACAGUCCGCAACUUACUAAGUAUAUUGGAGACCAAUCACCGUCGCGAGGACUUUCAGAGGCGUAUCGCAGUCAUUCUUCAAGAACUACGAAGUGCUGGUCGUCCGAGUCAGUCAGCGAAAUACCAGUUUCCCGGAGCCGCGCUUGACAAGCUCUACCAGUCGCGCUACCGGCACAAACACCAGGUUCCGACCAAUUGCUCUCAAUGUAUGGACCCACAAAAUACCUGCGAGCAGUCCCGUACGCAGACGUGCGACGAACUCAGCUGUAGCGAUACUUUUCUGGUGACGAGGAAACGCGAGCAUGACCCGGAGUCCCCUGCUCCCCUUGUAUUCUUCGGGCGCAUCGGGUCAGCCGAUACAGUAGUCAAGUCCGGUGAAGACCGUGACAGGAUUGCUAAGGAGCACGGCCUCCUCGCAUUCGAGAUGGAAGGUGCUGGAGUUUGGGAUGAGAUCCCUUGCAUUAUUAUCAAGGGUGUCUGCGACUAUGCGGACAGCCACAAAAACAAGCGGUGGCAGGACUACGCGGCGGCGACGGCAGCAUCUACCAUGAAGGCGUUGUUGGAAUUCUAUCCAAAAACAGACGAAAACCGAGCGCUACUAAGACGCCAUUUUAUGGUCCCGCUCGGUCGAAACGAAGGCUUCGUCGGACGUCACUCCAUCCUAGAGCAACUCCUCCAGCGUAUCCCUCCAAAUACGAACAAGGAUAAUUGCCAGCGUACUAUCAUCGAAGGCCUCGGUGGCGUUGGCAAGACUCAAGUGGCUCUCGAGGCAGCUUACCGGGUGUGCCGCGAUCACACAGACUGCUCCAUUUUCUGGGUGCCUGCCGUUGAUACAAUAAGCUUCGAGAACGCCUACCGCAACAUCGGUCAAAAGCUGGGAAUAAGAGGGAUCGAUGACGAUGACGCAGAUGCUAAGUCGCUUGUAAAGAGGGCCCUAGGAGAAAGCUCAGACAGUUGGCUCCUCAUCGUUGACAAUGCCGAUGACAUAGAGCUGGUCUUUGGUAGUCGAGGGUCACCAGGAUUUGCCAACUAUCUCCCAUUUAGUCGCAAUGGCUCAAUACUUCUCACGACGCGAAACCACAAAGUCGCAGCCCGAUUUGACCAGAAAAAUAUCAUUACUUUGGCGCAAAUGAACCAGACUGAAGCAAUAGAGCUGUUACAACAUGGCCGAGGAAACCAAAUUGACAAUACUGAGAGCAUACGGCGCCUAGUAGACUUCCUAGACAACUUGCCUCUUGCAAUCAGACAGGCAUCAGCAUACAUGGCAGAGAUAGGCAUGUCAGCGGCUAUAUACCUUGAUCGCUGCCGCUCGAGUAAUAAGACCUUGAUCCGACUACUCAGCAAGGACUUUAACGACCAGGCCCGGUACGAAAACAUCAAAAAUCCUAUAGCUACUACCUGGCUAAUUUCCUUCGAGCAUAUUACGCGAGACAAUCCGACUGCUGCACGGUAUUUGCGAUUCAUCUGCUUCCUCAACGAAAAAGACAUCCCCUUCUCAUUGCUGCCGCCAGCAGAAGAUGAACUGGAAGUAGACGAAGCGAUUGGCACCUUAAAGGCGUAUGCAUUCAUCAUCCCGCGGGGAAAAGAGUCAUUCGACAUUCACCGACUUGUUCGGUUAGCGAUGCGGAACUGGUUAGAGGAAAAAGGAGAGCUAACGGAAAGCAUAACUAAUGUAAUUCAACGGCUCGCUAUGACAUUCCCCUUCCCAAAACACGAAAAUCGAGAGAUCUGGAUGAAGUAUCUACCACAUAUGCAGAUUAUCUCGGAGUCUCCGGGUUAUUGUACCGAUAAAGAGGCUGAAUCUGAUCUCCUUUUUAAUAUAGCUGGGAGCUAUUAUCAGAUAGCUAAGUACAAAGAGGCUGAGCAGAUGCACUGGCAGGCGCUAGAGCUCAGCGAGAAGGUGCUCGGCCGCGAGCAUCCCUUUACGCUCACUAGCAUGAACAACCUUGGGAGUGUACUCGAGAGCCAGGGCAAGUACGAAGAGGCCGAGCAGAUGCACCGGCAGGCGCUGGAGCUUAAAGAGAAGGUGCUCGGCCGCGAGCAUCCCUCUACGCUCACUAGCAUGAACAACCUUGGGUUUGUACUCAAGAGCCAGGGCAAGUACGAAGAGGCCGAGCAGAUGCACCGGCAAGCGCUGGAGCUCAGAGAGAAGGUGCUCGGCCGCGAGCAUCCCUCUACGCUCACUAGCAUGAACAACCUUGGGCUUGUACUCAAGAGCCAUGGCAAGUACGAAGAGGCCGAGCAGAUGCACCGGCAGGCGCUAGAGCUCAGAGAGAAGGUGCUCGGCCGCGAGCAUCCCGAUACGCUCACUAGCAUGAACAACCUUGGGCUUGUACUCGAGAGCCAGGGGAAGUACGAAGAGGCCGAGCAGAUGCACCGGCAGGCGCUGAAGCUUUACGAGACGGUGCUCGGCCGCGAGCAUCCCUUUACGCUCACUAGCAUGAACAACCUUGGGAAUGUACUCGAGAGCCAGGGCAAGUACGAAGAGGCCGAGCAGAUGCACCGGCAGGCGCUGGAGCUCAGAGAGAAGGUGCUCGGCCGCGACCAUCCGUCUACGGUAAGGAGUAGGAGGAACCUUGCAGGCUGUCUUACAGAAAAAUAUCGUAACUUAUAACCGUGCGGAUGGUUUCACAACUACAUUCGCUCUACUCUUAUAUUUUUCUUUCACAGCGUGCUAUAGGAAGG